CAAUGGCGAUGGAACUUCACAAAGGAUUCAACUGCAGCCAGGUUCAUCACUUUUAUGGGUUCCCUGGAAACAUUGCUGGUGUCGUUUUUGCUAUUGCGCCGCGUUUCAGUGUUGUGACUGUUUUUUCAGUUCCUUGAGCUCUCUUGGCCACCGUAGUUUAACCCGAAGAAUACCAGUCAUAAACAUUGAAAAACCUUUUUUGAAACGACCUUGUUGGUCGGUUAAGGCACUUGACUACGUUCCCGAAAUUCUGAGGGGCACUGAAUACACCAUGUCCACCGCAUCGGUCCCAUGGACUGCAGAUAUAGAUCGGCCCAGACAUUUUACCGUAAAACUUAUGUGGACGCGCAUUCGUUUUUAUGGUCGUGGGCGUGUCUGAUCUCAAAUGUAGCAUGUUUCAUUCGUUCUCAAAGGACUCACCUGGUAGAAUUUAUUGGCAUCUCCUACAAAACUAAACCGAGGAAUACGACAUAUCCACAGGAGUUGCUGUCUUUCCCGCGGUGGUUGAACUUACAAAAAUAAUUGAUUUCUAAGGUCUUCAUUUCAAUUUCUCUUUCCACUGCUUCCUUUUUUCCGCCGCACCUGAGGCACCAGCCUGCACCGGUGACCGAUCACCGGACAGAGAGACCCAGACCUGAUUCUGUCGGGAAGAUGACGGCACCUUUAAAUAAAACCUCAUGCCUGGCAAAGUUCGUGGGUUUUACUGAAGGUGCAUCUAGCCCAGGGGUGUCCAGACUUUUCAUCCCGAGGGCCACAUACAGAAAAAAAUGUGAAGGUCUGGGCCACUCACGCCGCCACGCCCACCUGCCCUGGAGCGGACUGAUGACAGUGCACCUCAAUCGCGUCGCUUAGGGCGGGGGGGGCGUGGCGGCGUUCUGAGUGUACAGCUGGCAGGUCAGGGGUGAGUUGGGUGCUACUUAGUGUCAAAACUGAGAAGUACAAUACAGUUGGCCAAAUUUUCUUGCUUUGAACUUAAUCAACUGUUGUGUACAAAAAAAUUGAUCCAGGUAGAAAAACUUUUAUCAUACAUGUUGAUGAACUUUGAGCAUAUAAAACCAUGUGAUUGAAGCUAUCUGAAGAUUAGCCUGAAUUGCUAAGAGAUUUUUUCUAAAAUGAUUGCUGUGGGGUAAAGUGAGACAAAUGCUCUGGGGUAAAGUAGAACAAGUUAAGUUUAGUCUUAAACAUAUUCUAGUGUUAUAUUACAUUAUAUAUGUUUUAUUUGUAAUGCCAUAAACAUUGUAGAAAAGCCAUCUUGCCAAGAAACUACACCAGGAAGACAACCUGGGGCCAAGCACCCCUCCCAGAGAUGGAGAGUUUAGCCGCUGAGGUCAUGCAAGGAAAAAAGUCCUUAAGAAAAGCUGGAAGGGGUAGAAAUAUUGACAAGACAACCCUCAAAAGAUUCAUAAAGAAAAAAGAGAAAGGGAAAGUAAAAUCAGUAGCCUGGGGUGCAGUAGCUGAGGCAAAGAGAAUAUUCAUAGAUGAGAUGGAGGAGGAGCCAAACACUUGAAACAACUAGAUGACCAGUUCCAUGGCCUUGCUCCAGUUAAGUGCUGUGAACUGGCAUUUGAAUACGCAGAGAAAAACAAUAUCCCUGUCCCUGCCAAUUGGACAGAGAAACAAUGUGCAGAAGCAGAGGUUUACCUCCUCCACCUCUACUUUGGCAAGUCCUCUCAACGGUUCUCCUUCACCCGGACAGCCUUGUCUUUUCCCGGCAGGCAGUCCUUGGCGCACCGAGAAGCGGACUCCUUCCUCUGUCCGCGCCUCCUGCCGCCCCCUCCUGCUGGAGCUGGAGAGAUGCCCGGGGCAGGAUGUGCUCCAGCCGCAAGAUCCUGUGGAGCCUGCUCUUGCUGUCCGUGGUUGAGGUGGGCCUGGGUGUGGCGAGUAUCGUCCUGGGAGCCGUGGGCAUCAGCAGGGUCCGUGGCGAGCACAAGCCGCAGCAGGGCGACGCGUCCCCGGUGUGGAGCGGGCUCUGUUUCCUGGUCUGUGGGAUGUGCGGAGUGUUGUGUGCUCGAAAGAGGACGGGUCUUAUUAUGAUCCUGUUUUCAGCGUGCUGUAUCUGCGGGCUAAUUGGUGGCAUCCUCAACUUCCAGUUUGUUCGGGCGCUGAACAAACGGCCAGACUCGAUGCACUCGAUCCACCUGGCUGCCAUGACUCUGGCCGGUCUGGGCAUCACAUCAUGUACCUUAUCGACGUGGCUGACCUGUCGCCUUGCCAGCUCUGAGCAGCAGAGGAUGUUCCUUGAGAGGGAGCACUCACUGCACCACUCGCAAGAGAUGACCGAGAAGGAGAUCCUGGACAACUCCAGCAAUGGCAUCCCUCAGAUCUCCUACAAUGGGCACACCGCAGCAUCACCAUGAUGUCACCAAAGGGGCGAGGAAUCAGUUGACGACAACAGACAAAUGUAGCAUGUACUUCCUUCUGAUAGGACUGUACACAGCCCUGCAACAUGCAAAGUGACUGUGCAGGAAGUGAAUUUAAGUCUCACAUCUCGGAAACCUGUUUUCUGCUCCAGGAAGAGGGAGGCGUCUGUGCUUCUGACUAAUUAUGCAAACGUCGCCUGAAACCUCUUCACUUCAACCAAAGCCAGGACGUAGGGCUGUUGUUUGGGUGAUGAAGUCAGGUGGCAAAACGUCUACGUGACAUUGUCUGACCUCGAGGGUAAUAAGCAGGAAGAGAUUUGAUCAAAUCAGAUGCCUCAAAGUGAUAAGCACAAACCAGGAAUGCAGCUGAUCCACCUGUUCUAAAGAGCAACUUCUGUUUCAUUCUAAACGCUCUUGUUCGUCUUGUUAUGGGUUCAUGGAAUGCAUAUGUCAUCUGAAAAGGGAAUGCUUUUGCAUGAAAAUACAGUCACACCCAAUGUACUGUACUGUAUAUCCAUGUUUGUAUAUCAGGCAUCUAGUCAUAUCUAUAAAUGAGACAUAUUUUUAUAAAUGCUUCUUAUAAAAAAGUAAUUCAAAUAAAGUAAGAUAAAUCAGAAA